AUGCGCACAGAUCACAGCAAGACCAACGAGCAAAGCGGAUAUGAGCAGCGAUCCGACGGUGGUGAGGAAAACCACUACUACGGUGGACACCACCAGGAUCCCCAAGAUCUCGCGGUCCGAGAAGGUGCGGCCUGCGAGGACGACCGGCUGAUCCGAGGGGCGGAACAGGUAAAGGAAGAUCCACGCGGCGAGGAGGGAGAGCAAGACGAGAAGAGAGAAAGGGUGGGAGAGAAGAGAGAGGGCGAGGGAGAGGGCGAGGAGGGAGAGGUAGUUGACGCGGAAGUAGGAGAAGUUCUUGCGGACACGGGAGGCGGCCUCGGAGAGGUUUUCGGGGCGGGAGAAAGCGGAGCGGUCGAUGAGCUCUGA